AAUGACAUGACAUGCAUGAUGAGGGCAGGAGAUAAAAUAAACAGGCUGGCUGGCUGGCUGGCCCGCCAGUCUGAAGACCAGCCGGUCCAACCUGCCCUGUUUUCUGGCAUUGAAAAUCCGAUCCUCGCCUCGCCUCGCCUCCCUUCUUUCUCACCGUCUAUUUUCUCUCUCUUUCUCAGUGGUUUCCUUUUAUCCCCCCCUUUUGCCUUGCAUAUUAUUUUUCCAGCACUUUAUUUUUUGCCUAUUACUUGCUUCCAACCUUUACUUUUCUCAUCCUCUUCUUCGCCCCCCUUUCGUUAUUUCUCCCGCAUCUUUCUCUUCCACUCUAAUCCACUCUGUGUGUGUUUACCUUUUCCACCGCCUACCUUCUUUCUAUACCCGCUCAAUCUGACGCUUUCCUCAUUUCCUAUUUUUUGUAACGCUUCAACUCAUUCAACAAUCCCAUCUCUGACUUUACGAAAACACAACAAGGACCUGCCUUUUAUUCUAUCAUUUCCAUUAUGAGCUACAACCACACAGACAGCUAUUACGAUGACCCAACCAGCACAGCAUUCGACUUUCCGCUCUCCAACACCCAACUGCAGCCGUAUCAGCCAGCCAAAAAGCUGCAGCGCCAGACACACACCGACAGCAACCUGAACAUCCAGGCAGCACGCGGGCGGUCGGAGAGCGACGGCUACCGCACAAUGUCGACGCGGUCGUCGGACGACCGAGCGCCGCUGACGACGUUUUUCGGCUCGCAGGCGUGGCAGCGCAUGUCGACGGCGCUGCCGCAGGGCGUGCGCGACCCACUUAACAUCCACGAGCUCGAGCGCGAAGAGCGGCUGAUGCCCUUCACCGAGGUGGGCAUCAGCGCCAUGGGCGACCAGGCCCAGGCCGGCGCGCCGUCGCACUACGGCACAGCGCAGCAGGGCAUCGCCGGCGAGAAGCACAGCGCGAAGCACACGAGUCACUUCACAGCCAACUUUGUGGCGUCGAGCGGCGGCGGAGCCGAGACGGCACCGAGCGCCAUUGACUGGGAGUAUAUGCAGGACCACAACCUGCGCACUGGCGGCCUGCCGUCGCUGGACCAGGUGCUGACUCGGCGCACAAGGGCGCCGCUGGCGCUGCGCGACUUUGCUGUGCAUUGCUCGGUCAGGCAGCCGCAGGCCAGGCGCUGGCUCGAGUUCUACAUGGCCGCCCGCACACACGAGAAAAUGUGCCUGGCCUACGACAGCGACCUGCGCCACGCCAAGGCGCGCAGCCACUAUGCCAGCGCCGACAGCCGCAUCCUUCCCAGCUCGAACACCGGCUCGGCUUCGGCCUCUGCCGAGGCAGCAGCAGCAGCAGUGGCGGCCGAGUCGCUGGACCCGAGCCGCCGCGCAGCAGCGCACACGGCAGCGAUGGAGUCGCUGUCGCGCGGGCGCGGCGACGACCAGGUGCUGUACCCGGACGAUGGUGCCAACGAGGCCAUGCCGGCCGACGCUCGCAACACGUCGCGGCGCAGCAGGCGGCAGAGCUCGCGUAUGGCGAUGCAGAUCCAGUCGUCGGCCGAAACCAUCUUUCUGCGCUACUUCCGCGCCGCGCUGGACCCCAGCCUGAUGCAGGGUGCGGGCACCUUCUGGCAGACCAACUCAACGACGUCAUCGGCCGCUGCCGCUGCGCGUGCGCGCGAGACCGCCGGCCGCAGCGGCAAGAUCGGGUCGCUGAAGCGCAUGCUGACGCAGAAAACCAACACGCGCGUCAUCAACGGCCUGCGCCCGACGCUCGACGACCCGUACCACCAGGGCUACGGUGUCGCCGCCACUGACUCGGUCUACGGCAGCGCUGGUGGAAACAGCGCCUCCGGAGGCCGCGUGCCUGGCGGGUCGGGCGCCGCCAGCAUGUAUGACAACAACUUUGGGCGGCUCGGCUCAACCCCAUCAUUGGUCAUGUCGCGCGACCACCUGAACACGCCAAUCACAGGCGACUCAGACGCGCCGGCCAUGCUGCCUCAGUACAUGCCGAUGCACCGGCCCGGCGGCGGCGGCGCCUUUGGCAGCGGCUCGCGCCAGCAGCACCUGUACUACCACAUGCCGUGGCCGCCAGAGAUCCUGACCGACAUCGAGCAGCGCCUUUUGCACGACGGGGCCGCCCUGGAUGCAGCGCUGUUCUCCGAGGCGCUGCUCUACGCUUACGACGUGCUGGACACAUACUACUUUCCCAUUUUCAUUGCUGACGCUGUGUCGCGCAACGUUACCCGCGACCACUGCGUCUUGCGCGUACUGUUUGCCUUUGUGUUCUUGUGGUUUGGCUUUGCCCUGCCGCUAGCGCUAAUCCUGCUUGACCAUGUGCCCAAGGCCCAGCGCGCCUGGAGCGUGCUGCCGCUGUUCAUCGGCUGGUGGAAUAUGGCAGUCGGAUUUGGAGGCUGCGACUUGCUUCUAGCCGCCAUGCGCAAGUACCAGUCGCCGACAAUGAGGGAUACCAACACUGCUGCAUCGCGCAAGGACGCUGACUUUGGCUUGAGCAAAUCACCGCAGCAACAGCCGUUCGGGUCGCUUAGCUCACAAGUCGGCGGAUGGCGCAGGGCAUGGUUCUCAACACGCAUGUCUGUUGACAUGACUGCCACUCGGAUGGUUCGUGCGCGCAGCAUCCGCUGGUUCAUUGGAGCUCUUGCCAUGACUGCCAUCACUGCCGCUAUCUUGUGCGCUGUGCCAGGAACCCGCAUCUACCGCAACUAAACAGUGCUUUUUUAUAAAUAUUUUAUAUGUAUCAUUCCCGUUAUUAUUAAAUGUCGUUUCUUAUCCAAAAAAA